AUGGAGCAUACAUCCAUUAUGCCUAAAGACUUUCAAGGCAAACAGCGCGGCAUCUUUGAUGCCAUCGCGCCUGUGGUGGAAGAGUCGGCAGCUCGGAAGGUCGCCAGCGCACGGACUCGUGCCCAGCGCAUCAUCUGGGUGACAAUCACGGCAGCCAUGGUCAUGGGUCUGUGUAUUUGCAUCACCCUGGUCACUCUGCAGUACCUACGACACCAGACUGUCUUCCAACUGGACUACUCGGGUCGUCACACAGUCUACGAUCAGACACCCGGCAUUACCAUCUGCCCUGAGGGCAAGGAGAUGCUACGGUUGUUUAAGCAUGCCUCGCGGGUCAAUGGCUGGCCGGAGACCAACGUCAUGCCACCCUGGGAGGAUCCACCAAUCACGGUGGCGCUGCUGAAACUGAUAACGGCGGAAACAGCAGCAGGGGAACCCCCGGGAGUGAUUGGCCAUCACCUGCCGCGGGGUCUGCUCAAGUGGGACACCCAGCACAUGGCAAAGUCCCCGAUCUAUCGGCGGUUGCACAACUUUUCGGUGCAAUUUCGGAUUAAACCGGCGCACCUACAGUCCGCCUAUCAGAUCUUUGUGCUAGAACAGGUUCCGCAUAAGAUCAGUUUCAUAUGCACCACUUUUGAGUUGACCUCAAGCGAGCCUCAACUCGCCUGGUCAAACCUCGAAGUGAAGAUCUCCCAGGACAUGACCACCGCAGCCAUCGCCACAAACACCGUCAACGCAGAGGUACCCCGUGGCGCCACCUUCACCAUCAUCACCCAUGAGCGCGGUGAGUUGCCCUUCUCUGCCUACGAUCGCAGUAUCCACACCAUGGUC